AUGGCAAACAUAAAUGUAACAUGCAUCCCAAGAAAUCCUGAAUUAUUAUGGUUACAAGCACCACAAAACCAACACAUAUCGUACAAUUUAUUCACUCACGGGGUUGAGAACCCCUUAAAAUCAAGAAGAUGUGAUUCGGGUUUAACUAAUCAUAUCAAAUCUCUUCCAAAUGAACGUAUCAAUGAGAAUGUAUUCCAACACAUAAGAAAUGCCAGUUUUGAAGGUGUAUUCAAAGCAGGGAUUCACCAAAUUGAUCAUCAACUUAUUGUAGCACUGGUUGAGAGAUGGCGUCCAGAGACGCAUACCUUCCACUUUCCUAUCGGAGAAGCUACUGUCACAUUACAGGAUGUGCAGGUUCUAUGGGGUUUACCGAUAGAUGGACCAGUUGUGUCUGGCACGUGGGCUGUUAUGGAUUCUGAUCAAUGGAUUGUCAUGUGUCAAGAUUAUUUGGGAUUUAUACCAGAGGAGGUUGAAGAGUUGAAUCAAGGUAGAAUUAAGAUUUCUACUUUAGUUGAACAUUUGAAAGACAGAUUAGAUGAUGAUGAUGAUGCAUAUCAACAAAGAGCUAGAAUAUACAUUCUAGCUAUGAUUGCUGGUCAAUUGUUUGUUGAUUCAAGCCAGUAUGAUGUGUCUUUAAACUAUUUGGAGAGUAUAGACGACCUUAGUAUAGAAGGUCGAUUGAGUUGGGGCAGUGCUGUACUUGCUUGUUUGUAUCGAAAUUUGUGUAAAGCAACUCUACCUGGAACAAAGGGUAUUCAAGGUCCUUUGUUGUUGUUGCAGUUAUGGGCAUGGGAAAGAAUGCCACACAUCGCCCCACGCAUUGUCCAUGGACGCUUGCCACCAUAUCAAAACCAGCACUGUUACGCAGCAAGAUGGUAA